AUGAAUUGCGAAACAAAUCAUUAUCCAAUUCAUCUGACGGAUCUUUUGGCCGUCUACUCAAAGCAACAUGAAAAUGAGACAACUGAUACGGAAGCUAGCUUCAAAAUUGAAGAAAUCGACGAGUCCCAAGAUGAGCGAUGCACAUCGAUUUUAAGCACGAAGUUGUCAGAAGUUGGUGGACACGUGCAAAGCCCGAAUCACAUCGAUAAAAAAGACGGGCGAAUUGGAAAUCAAUCGGCUUUCGAGAGAGUCAAACCAGAAAAAUCGUUGUUUCUGCAGUUGGUCGACAUGUUUGGCGACGGCAGAUCUGCUCAAGAUUAUCUCUCUGCCAACGGAUUCAUGCCGGAAGAUUGA